GGUUGCGUUACUGAAGGUAGGUGUAAUGGGGCAAAAACUAGUAUAAUACCACUAAAUAAGUUUUCUUUUCUUCUUUUGCAGAAACAAAUGUCAGUAUAAACUCAUUGGAGCAAGAAGAGGAGCGUUUGGCCAGGCUUGAUCUAUCGGAUGAUUAAUUAACUUGUACACGCACACUUUAAACCUUGCUUAAUCACAAUAUACGUCUUUCACGGCACUCUGCGUUCUUCCUUCUCCGUCUGUGACUGUGCGUGAUCCUCUGUUGCAAAUUGGUGUCGGAGGUUUUCAAUUCUGCAGUCAACAUGGACACAUCAUCAAAUUAUGGCCUCCCAGAAGCAAGUGCCAUCACCACGCCCACUGCGCCUGCGUUGCCCCGUCCCCCAACGCUGCAGCUGUCAUCAUACUACCCCUUCUGGAAGGAACGCAUCCAGGCAUUCCUCACCUUCUGUCCACCAGCUCACCAUUUCCUCCAUGUCCUCAGUUCUCUCUCCGACGAUGCCUUUGCACUUGCCGAUGCUGCCGGGUUCAGCAGAACAAAAUCCAUGACGGAAAACUGGCAAAUCCUGGACAACUGUUUCGAUUUACAAUUGGGCUCCUACCAUGCCUUCCUGAAAUUCUUCAGUCGUCGACAAUUACCCGGGGAAAGUCGCCUAGAGGUAGAUGAUAAUGCAGACCCCAACCACAGAGACACUGCAGCAUCAGCCAGCAGCUCCUUCUGCCCAAUUCCAACGGCAUCGACCGCAGCGGCACUUGGCACCGUCCCUCGCAACUCAACGCGGUUUCAGAGGCGCCCAGAUGUAGAUACCACCCGUAGCCAUUGCUAUUACUGCCGACGUUACGGAAGGAAGGCUCGCAAGUGUGGCCACAACCGCCCCCGGGAAAAUAAAACAAAUGUCAGUAUAAACUCAUUGGAGCAAGAAGAGGAGCGUUUGGCCAGGCUUGAUCUAUCGGAUGAUUAAUUAACUUGUACACGCACCUUGCUUAAUCACAAUAUACAUCUUUCACGGCACUCUGC